CGCCUCGGCUAUAUCAGCCGGAACCCAGGCACUUCCUGGUAGAUGCCGCUGGGGCCGUUGGUGCGCGUGGUCUUUGCAGCUGCUCGCGUCACUCGGAUCCUGGGCUCCGCGAGCUGCAGGAGCCGAGCCCGCUCGCGGGCCAGUCAUCAUGUCGCGCUACGGGCGGUACCGAGAAGAAACUAAGGUGUAUGUUGGUAACCUGGCGACUGGUGCUGGCAAAGGAGAGUUAGAAAGGGCUUUCAGUUACUAUGGCCCCUUAACAACUGUGUGGAUUGCAAGAAAUCCUCCGGGAUUUGCCUUUGUGGGGUUUGAAGACCCGCGAGAUGCAGAAGAUGCAGUUCGAGGCCUGGAUGGCAAGGUGAUUUGUGAUUCCCGAGUGAGGGUUGAACUCUCAACAGGCAUGCCUCGGAGAUCUUAUUUGGAUAGACCACCUGCCCGACAUCCCUUUGAUCCAAAUGAUAGAUGCUAUGAGUGUGGUGAGAAGGGACAUUAUGCUUAUUAUUGUCAUCGCGUUAGCCGACGAAGAAGAAGCAGGUCACGGUCUAGGUCACAUUCGAGAUCCAGAGGUAGACGAUACUCUCGCUCACGGAGCAGGAGCAGGAGCAGGGGAAGGAGGUCGAGAUCGGCAUCUCCUCGACGAUCAAGAUCUGUGUCCCUUCGUAGAUCACGCUCCGCCUCACCCCGACGGUCUGGGUCUGGUUCUGUAAAAGGAUCGAGAUCUCGGUCAAGGUCAAGAACAAGAUCCAGGUCUGUUUCACGACCAAGAAGCAGCCGAUCAAAGUCCAGAUCUCCAUCUCCAAAAAAGAAGCCUUGUGAUGGAGAAUCAAAAGAAUAAAAAAGCAAGAUUGAAUGAUAAAGGAAGUGGAAGUAGCAGUAUCCGAGCCUUUAAAGACACAUGGACCGAGAUAUACGGGAUUGUCGACAGAAAACAGAUCAUUGUGCAUACUGUGUAAUGAGACGGUAGUAAGCAGAAGGUGGAUUGUAAAGAGACAUUUUGAAACUAAUUAUUGUCAGCUCUUGAAAAAAAGUAUCGAUGAAAGGAAGGAAUACAUUUCUAGGCAGCUACACACCUCUAUAAAAGUCAAUCAAAUCCCAUCAUUACAUUUGUAAGAUGCUCUACAAAUUUAACAUCAGCAAGUUACUGUAAUGCUCACUCCAUAGCUCAGCAUGGAAAAGCCCUCAGUGACAGAGAAUUUAUUAAGGAAACAUUUCUAAGAUGUGCACCAGCUCUAUUUCACGAUAUGAAAAAUAAAGAUUGUAUUAUUAAAAGAAUUUCUGAGUUACCACUCAGUAGAAAUACUAUCAAAGACAGAAUAAUAGGUCUUAACAAAAACGUACAACAUCAAUGAAAAAAAGACUUAAAUAGUUGUAAAUAUUUUUCUGUUUCUCUUGAUGAAACGACUGAUGUCACACCAAAUGCUCGGUUGGGCAUUAUUGCUAGAUAUUCUGAUGGUCUCACUAUGAGAGAAGAGUUGUGUGUGUCCUCAUUGUGGGAAGUCCUUCAGAGAACACCGGAGCGUUCACCCUGGAUAGAAGCCGUUUGAGUGUGCUGAUUGCGGGGAGGCCUUCCGUUUCAGGUCCCCCCUCAUUCAGCACCACAGAAUUCCCACUAGAGAAUAGCCGUGUGAGUGCAGAGAAUGUGGGCAGUCCUUCCGUCAGAGGUCUUGCUUCCGUCAACACCUCAGAAUUCACAUCGGUGAAAAGCGUUUAAGUAGUUUAUGUCAGAAACGCUUUGGGGCAGUAAUCAUCCCCUUGGCCACAAGAGACUUUAGAGAAAUGCCGGUGACUAGUGAUUGUGGGGAGUCUUUCGGCCAAAGAUCUAAACUCACGGAAAACCCCGGUGGUCACACCAGGGAAAGCAUUCAGUGUGCCGGGAACGUUGUAUUUUUUCUCACUUAGAAUGACGCCGAAGGAGGCGCUUGGCGUCGCGUUUACCGGAAUGUAAAUCCCUUGCAGUGGAACAUAAGACCGACUACCUCACUGACUUCCAGCUGCGAGUUUGUGGUGGGAGAGUUUCACCCCUUAGCACCCGGCCCGCCAGAGGAGCCUGCGUCCGCCGCCCCCCGCGGGCGCUCAGGGGAGUGCGUGCUGCGUUCUCCCUUGUGCUUGAGAGAAUCAUGAAGACUCUGAGCUCUUGGCAGGGUCUUCAUGCCUUUACCCCUGACCAGGGAUGGACCUGACCCAGGGUCCACGCAGGGCUCCCCUCCUCAGCUAGGAAGCCCUACCUCCUUCAGGGACGUGGCGGUUCUCGCAGUACGGUGUGAUGAGUUCCUCCGGGUUCUGAUUCACCAACCUGCAGACUCCUUGCUCCCCUCUGUUCCGGUGUAUGAUAUUUCGUAAAGGUGUGUUUUUUUUUAUUUUGUACCUUUAAUUUUAUUUAUUUAUUUUUGGUAAAUCCCUGGGAUGAUUUGAGAGGAAAGUUGUGCUCUGUCGGCGUGGAGAGGCGAACAGAUCUGGUGGGUCCCAAGCUCUCUGUGCUCUGGAAGGCACGUAGCAAUCGCAGAAAGUCACUCCUUGUCCAGUAUUGGCCGAUGGUUGUGUUGCUGACCAAGGCCUGGAGGGAAAGUGUGCCUGGCUUUGUGGUGCGGAUUUGCGGUCUGGGUGCCUCUGUUAUCGCCGAGGGCACUCGUCGCCCAGAAGAUUAGUUCCCUAUUGUGCUUCUGGGAACAAUACGGAUUAUAUUUGCCAUUCCCCGUGCAUCCGACAUAAUCCUCAGCCGCGUUCAGGAAAAUGCUUCCCCACAUACUGUAGGGGAGCCCUGUGCCGUGAUGUACGGUUCACAGGCUGGUGCCAUUUGUUACAAGACUGAGGGCACCCUGACCGGUGUGGCUCAGUGGAUAGAGCAUCAGCCUGCAGACCGAAGGGUCCCGGGUUUGAUUCCGGUCAAGGGCAUGCACCUUGCUUGCGGGCACAUCCCCAGGAGGAGAUGUGCAGGAGGCAGCUGACCGAUACUUCUCAAGUUUCUCUGUCAUCGAUGUUUCUAACUCUCUAUCCUUCUCCCUUCCUCUCUGUAAAAAAUCAGUAAAAUGGUGUUUUUUUAAAAAAAAACACUCUGGUGGAACUACACUUGGGUCCGAAACCCUGUAUUCAUAGUGAGUGGGAAAUGCUGCAGUGAGUUAGGUGACUAGCGCCUCGUCUGAACGUUACCCACGCAUGUGCCGGGGCCUGUGGCCUGUGUGGCCUUGGUGUGGGGGUAUUCUCAGGACGUCCCUUGACUGUUUCCUGCAGCUGAAGUCAUUUUUAGGGGAAA